AUGAAGGAGAAUUUAAACUCUUUCUCUAAAUAUAAAUUUGAAAACGAUGACAAAAAGUGCAAUAAUAAGAAUAAAAUAAUUAUGAAAUAUAUGAAUACUGUAGAGCAAGAACUGAAAGAACAAGAGGAUCAAUAUUCAGAAAAAAAUAAAAUGAACAGGAGCUUGUCUAAUAAUGAAUGUGAACAGGAGAGUUUUCUAGAUAGUGAAGAGGAUCUUAUUUUAUCAGAUGAUAAUUUGAAAUGUUUAGAUGAGGAAGAAGCAGAAAAAAAUGUUUUAAACAAUAGUUUAAAGGAAAAUGUUUGUUCAAUACCUCAAGAAGUUAAUUUUAAUAAUAAUCUUGAUAAUACAUCUGAUGAUGUACCAUCAAGUGAGGAAAGAAAUAAAGAUGCAUCACAACAAAAAUGUAACGAUUUAGAACAUUUAAACGUAGAAGGAAAGGAAGAAGAAUCUGAUAUACCAAACUAUGAAGAAAAAGACAAUGAAGAAAAUUAUAUUCCUCAAGUUGAAGAGGAAGAGAAAAAUGAAAUAGCUAUCACCGAAAAUCAAAAAGAAACUCAGGAAGAAAAAAGGGAAUUACUUCUACAUGAUACUUAUGAAAAAAUAACUUUUCAAAACACUAUGGACUUUAAUACAACAAAAAAUGACCUCUUUUAUAUGGAUGUUAAAAAUAUUAAUGAAUGGAAAAUGAAAUAUCGAUACUUAACUUCCUCGUUUCGUAAAUUAGACAAAGAAAUAAACAAGAUGAUAAACAAAGAUCAUAUUAAUUUGCUGAAUAGAAGGAGUAUUAAACAACAUAAGGACUUUUUAGAUAAUGAGUAUAAGGAGUGGUUAUACACUUUACAAAAAACAAUAUCCGAAUAUAAGAAGAACAUAAGUUCUUCUGUUUCCGAUUUAAAUGAAAAGGAGUACUUCAUUUUAUCAAAAAAUAUUUUUGAAGAUUUUAAAGAAAAAAGCAUAGAAGAAAAUAAUAUAAAUAUUACCCUAUAUAUGCUAAUUAUGAAACAUGAAGUUUCAAUUGAUGAAGGGAUAUUGAAAUAUUUAGAGGAUAACUAUAUGUCUUCCAACAUAGAUAAAGGUGUAUAUAGUAUAAUUCAAAAGUUGGCAGAAACAAGAAAUCAUAUUGAAGACAUAGGAGGAAAAACAGGUAAAUGGAGUGAUGAUGAAAAUAAUUAUUUUAUGAAAGUAUAUGAAAGUAAUAUCUGUUUAGGAGAUGAAAUCAUCAUCAAUGUAUUAAAAAAUUGUAUAAACAAGAGUGAAGAAGAAAUACUUGAGCAUAUUUCUUGGUACAAACAAUUUCUGAUCUAUAACAAUUUGAAGAAUAAAUAUAUUAAUACAAUUAACAUCAUUAAUAUAAACGAGCAAAAAAAAAACAGCAUCAAAGAUGUAGAAAAGAAAUUUAUGAUACAGCAGUGGAAAGAGAAAAAAA